AUGAGCAAGGUCAUUGCGCUCACUAUAUUUGCGUCCUAUUUUCUUUUUAUUUUCUAUCUCUUUGGACUUAUCCUCAAGGAUUUCUUUCGGACUACGUCUCGCACGAUCUCAGCCAACAAAGUCUCGGUUUUUACUGCUCUGACCAUCGUGUCUUUCGGCCAUACGUGGUUUUAUAUGUUCAAAUUUAUGUCGUGGAGUUUUUCGGAUUACGAGCGCACAUCUUUGCAUGCAGAAGCAAAAUCCUUGUUGAACCGAAUUUCAUCCUGGCUCGUGGAUACCAAGCUUUUUGAGCAGGCUUGGGCUGCCGUAUCCUUUGGCUCAAUGAAUUGGUGGUGGAGCGAACAGUUGUGUUUGUUUACGGGGGGAUUCUGGACGGUCUUCGUCUUCCAUGAAAGUCGGCGAUAUGGCAUAAAAAACGCUUGGUCGUACAUGCUUCUGGGUCAGGUCGUUGCAAUCUCCGUGGCUGCCAACCUUUUCCAUCUUGCCAUUCUAUUGUCACCGCAAUAUUCGAAACCGAAACCGGGAGGGGCUGGGCUAGCACCGUCUAUCCUAUGGAUCCCGGUCCUUUGUUCUCUUUUGAAUGUUUUCAUCAGUCCCUUCACGAAUGACGUAACUUUCUUGCCGAAUCUUCUUACCAUGCACGCUGUGCUUAUGCUACCGCUUCUCUUGCCGCCUGCUAGAGACUUGUUCUCAAUCUCAUACUCAUCACUUUAUUCGACGAUAUUGGUUUCUGCCGCAGUCAUGCGACUGAAGACAACUUACCUUGCUAUAUCUGAUGACAACUUCCUUUCUUUCCUAGCAUCUGCAUUCGAGACGUUACACUCUCAUCCCGCUCAAUCUUCCAUUGGGUAUGAUAUUGUAUGGACCACUAUCUCGUUUGCGGCGUGGGCGAGGUUUGGCAUAAAACAUGAGGCGUCGGUUUUCUCCCUGGUCUCCGCGCCAAUUGUGUCCGUGGGUGUUAUUGCUCCCUAUGUCAUGCGUUUGACAGCAGGACGAGAACAAAGUUUCAUAACGGCAGUUCCUUAG